GUUUGUUUUGAUUUGUUAACGUGAUGGUGGAAGAUUAGCAAAGCUGUCCUGCGUGGGUUACCGAAAGUUUACAAAUUUAUAAACUCACGAACGACAAGAAUAUACUGACGAACAAAAUGGCUGAUCCUCUCAUUACAUCAAAACAAGCGCAGAAAGAAGUCGGUGGCAUUUUAACAGAUGUCGUGUGCACACAGUUCACUAAUUACAUAUUUGUGCUUCUCACUCAGUUUGGCAAAAUUGGGAGUCUGGUUUCAGUCACACCUGACUCCAGAUCUAAUGAUAUCAACACCCCAACGUUCUCCACUAAAGUGCUGCUGGGCAAAGACGAGCCACUGACUCACGUCUGUGCCAAACACCUCGCUGUGUUUGUCUCACAAGAAGCUGGGAACAGGCCCGUCUUACUGGGACUGGCUCUGAAGGAUUCCUCCCUAGAAACCAUUAAACAACUGAAGGAGAUGGUCCAAGGGUGUCGGGUGUGGUGAUAAGUUGGACUGACGACCAG